CCCCCGGCGGCUGGAGCGCGGCGGAGGCAGGCGCAGAGGCCGGAGGGAGCGGAGGCGAGGGGCGGCCCGAGCGCGGGGAGGGAGCGAGGCGAGCGGGCAUGUGUCCGUGCCCCCUGCACCGCGGCCGCGGGCCCCCGGCGGUGUGCGCCUGCAGCGCGGGCCGCCUGGGUCUGCGCUCGUCCGCGGCGCAGCUCACCGCCGCUCGGCUCAAGGCGCUCGGCGACGAGCUGCACCAGCGCACCAUGUGGCGGCGCCGCGCGCGGAGCCGGAGGGCGCCGGCGCCCGGCGCGCUCCCCACCUACUGGCCCUGGCUGUGCGCGGCCGCGCAGGUGGCGGCGCUGGCCGCCUGGCUGCUCUGCAGACGGAACUUGUAGGAACGCGGGGCUUCUUGGUGGGGCCGGAGCCGAGACCCAGCCCGAGAGAGCAACAGGUUGGUGAAAACCCUGUGUCCUUGGAGAAAGCUGGUUCCCGUUUUCCUGAGGGGGAGCCCGGAGCUUGAAAGGCCGCGGUUGGCACUUCGAGAAGGAAGUGGAGAGGAGCCUAGAGCCAAUAGUAGCAACGCCGAAAGGGACUGGGGAAGCCCUUUGCAUAUCCAGCUGCAGAAACAGACACCCCAAUGCUAUUUACAUACAGCUCUAUAUAUAAAAAAAGAAAAUAUUGAAUAUUACUACUCAGUGCAUGUCUUGUCGAGGACGCAAGUCCCCUCCCUUUUCUGCACCUUCCCAUGUGGACUUUGAUACUUCCAUGUCUGGGGCGCUGGAAGAGAGAUGCCUACUGUGUACCUAGAAAAUUUGCAAAGACUGGUGGGAAUUAGCUCCAGAGUUGACCAACCACCUGGGGAGGGAUGCUGGUGGAGGAAAGAGUAAAAUUGCAAAAGGCAAAAUAGAAGGAAAAAAGAAAGAAAGCGAGGAGGAUGAGGGGCAGUCUGGGAUUCCUUCAUUUCCAAAAGUCUUGACAAGUCCUAGUCUCUCUGUACCUGUGUAGGUUGAUAGCCAGUCCCACUGUCAGAACAAGACAAAAGGGAUUUUUUUUUCCUACCAGUCUGGUGUCUCUGGUGCUUCACCUAAAUUUUGCUGGUGCUGUGUUCUUGCCGGUGCUGCCAUGGCGUUCUGUUGCCAGACUGCAAGGCCAGGGGACGAGAGAGUUCUAUUUUGCUGUUUCAAAUUCUUUUUUUAAAGGGACAAGUCGCAAAAGUGCCACUUGAGAGUCUCUGCUCUUUCUCUGUGGGGAUGAAAAAUCCAGAGGUGUUUUGGAGCAAACCCUGGGGUCUGGGAGGGAGGAAGGGAGGGGGAGGUAUCGAGUGUUUGCUGGUUACUGAGGUGGAAAGCUGACCUCAUAUGUGACUUGUUUGCUAUAUCCUCUGCCCCUGAGAAAGUACCCUGGGAGUACAGCCCAUGGCCUCCCCUACUCCCCAAGGGUAUUUCAGGGCUUAGAUUUUAUGGAUUAAAGAGCCAAGAAAUGGCUACGUUCUGGUCAAGGGUGAUUUAUAAGCAAGAGGCACUGGGGGAGGGAGGGGGUCACUUAAAUGAAAUGCACCAGCAUCUCACUGACUGACAGAGGGUCUGAUUUUUUUGUUUGAUUUCCCCAGGAUGAGCUAUUUUCAGAAGUUUCUAGAAGGGCUAAAAAAAAAAAAAAAGAUGUGUGCUGGACUGAGACUUGGCUGCAAAGACUCUUCAGGGAGCAAUGAUUAUAUUUUGCUUUUAUUUUUUAAAAAAUGUAAAAGAAAAAAAACCCCAGGUAUUACUCCUCUGUGCUGGGUCUUACACAGUGCCGUGUGCAAAGCUGAGAUGGUGGGGCACCAGGCUUCAGGGUCAGACUGUCAUUCUGCAGGCCACCACCCAGUCCCUAUGGACAGGGGGGUCCACUGGACUGAUUAGCAGACACCCUUGCUGUUCUAAGAAGCCAGCAGAGGGAUCAGCCGUUGUUGAGGUUGACAUGGGGCUGAAUUAUUCCCCAUAGGCUGUGGUGAAAAUUACCAGGUCCUUUAGAAUGCAGGACCUUUUAGUGCUGUUGCAAGCUGGGAGCGGUCUUUCUUUCUUUUAUCCAGGCCUUAUGUUUUCCUAAAUAGACCUUUAAAGACAAAUGUGACCCAAAGCUGCUGAAGGUGAGGGCAGACCCCACCCCCACCCCCAGCCAGCUUGUUGAUGGAGAACUUGCUUCCUUUCAUUCUGGGGGGCCCUCCCCCCCAGUUAUGUUUGCAGGGGAUGGGUGUGUAGGCAGGGUCUGCAGAGAGCAGCAGGCGACAUCCCCAGCAAGCCACGAACUUAGAGAAGGCAAAUUUAUUAGAAUGAUAGGAAACACAGUCCCUGUCUCUGUAUCGUCCCUUUCUGAGCCAGACGCUAGAGUCUUUACAGCUCAGCCUAUUUUCUGGGGAUGGGGUUUUCAUUACUAUAAUGGUAUGUGAUCACAGCUCUCUCCUGCCUUGAGGCUGCACCUUCAACAUGGCAGUGGGGCCCUGCUGGCCAUCUAGACACAGGGGAGAGGGGGAAAGGUCAGAGAAUCCCUUUCUCAGCCCUGACUUGCCUACCAGCUUCUGACAUUUCUGAGGGAGGAUCCAAAUCCAAAUGCCCAGGUUGGCAUUUGGGGCAAUUUUGAUUUCAAUGAAGCCACACCGCUGAGAACUGGGCACCCUUGACCUCCUGAUGGAGCUUUACAGCCAAGUCCCUUGUACAUAUUCUCUUGUAUUAAUAGAAACUGUGUAUUUAUCUAAUCCUGGCUUUUUCUUGCACAUCAUUAAUUUGAGUGCACUUCUCGACUGCCCCGAUUUUUGACAAGGGGUUGUUUUUAAUGCUUGUUUUUAUAUGAGAUUUGACUUCUUGAUGGACAUUUGUAUUAGGAAAUUGAAGCAUGAUAUAUAUGUAUAUAUUGUCCCCACCGUCUCGGAGGCUGCAUUACUUGGAUUGCAUGAGAUAGUGGGGUGGUGUUUCUUCUUCUUCUUCUUCUUCUUUUUUUUUUAAAUAUUUCCACAGUGUGCAAAGUGCUGGCACCAUCCCUCCCUCUCUCCCCCGCUUUUCUCUGGCUGCCAAGGAGUCAUUGAUUUUGAUUAGCUUCACUGCAGAGCGUCUGCGAAGAGAGGGAGAGGGAGGGAGGCUUUGAAAUAAAUUUUAAAAAAGACCUCAUAUCGGGUUUCAGCAGACAGCAGAGUGUGUGUGUGUGUGUGUGUGUGUGCAUGUGCGUUCGCGUGUGCAUGUCCGUGCAAAGCAGAGGGAGGCCUCUGAGAUCAUUGUUUAGGUAGCUUGCUGCAUAAUGAGGUGAGGAGGAAACAGAAGGGCCUCCUUCCUGAUGGUGCUGGUUGCUCUCAGAGGGUGGGGGUCCGGGAGCCACAGGGAUCGGAGCCUCCUGGGACCUCAAUGUUCCCAUUCCAAAUUAGAUCCAUUCCCUUCUGGAAGCUUCUCUCCCCAUCCCCCAAAAGCAAGUAAGAUCUCUUUACCCCAUUUCAAAAUUGGGGUUCCAUUUCACGAUCCUGGCAAAGAUGUA